AUGGCCACUGCAUUGCACACUGCUAAGCAGUUCUUGCUCCUCUCUUUGCCCGUCAGUGCUCAACCGGCGUCUGCUCCAGGAAAGGACGUGGGGAGCUGGCUUCAAGAAGAUUUUUGCGGGGGCAGACCGUUUGUUUCUGCUUUCAAGAUUCCAGAGUUCAAAAUUGGAUCUUUGGACACGUUGGUUCUACAAUCUGAGGAACUUGCUAAAAUAGACUCGCAAAUCGGGACCUCAGUUGCCAAAAUUUUGGAAAUUCUCGGAAAUCUGAAUGAGGCCCAAAGUAAUGCCUAUAAGACGCUACCCGUGGGAAAUGUCCCGGUCAUGGAGUACUUGGAAAACUUUCAAUGGCAAACUCGGAAAUUUAGACUUGAUAGACCCAUCAAACAACUCAUUAGUGAUAUUGCAGACGAAUCUUUUCAAUUGGAUGCUGAUGUCAGAGCAACGUCAACUAAUUACAAUAACGCCAAAACCAAUCUUGCCGCUGCCGAACGUAAGAAGACUGGAGAUCUGUCGGUAAGGUCGUUACACGAUAUUGUGAAGCCUGAGGACUUUGUACUUGGCUCUGAUCAUCUCACCACGGUGCUUGUUGCAGUCCCCAAUACUUUGAAAGAAGAUUUCCAGAAAAGCUACGAAUCUCUUGCAAAAAAUGUGGUUCCAUGUUCAGCUUCCCUUUUAAAGCAAGACAACGACUAUUCUCUGUACAACGUCCACCUUUUCAAAAAGUCUGUUAGCGCUUUCACAGGAGCCUGCAGAGAGAAAAAAUUCAUUCCUCGUGAUUUCGAGUACUCCGAGGAUCUCAUCAAUCAGUUAACUAAAGAGCAUGACUCCGCUGCUCAUCUAGAACAAUCAUUGCGUGUCCAAUUAGUGCGUUUGGCUAAGACUGCCUACUCCGAUGUCUUCAUGAAUUGGUUCCAUAUCAAAGCAUUGCGGGUCUUUGUGGAAAGUGUUUUGCGGUACGGGCUACCUCCUCAUUUCAAUACUACACUGAUUGCAGUUCCGCCUAAAGGCCUGUCCGCAUGUAAAACUGAGCUAAUUCAAGAAUUUGGCUACUUGGGUGGCAACGCUUUCUCUAAAGACAAGGCCGGAAAAAUCAAGAAACAGGACACCUCUUUACAUGAAUACGCGUCACUUGUCGAUACAGAAUACGAGCCCUUUGUGAUGUACACUGUAGAAUUGUGA